UUCAGAGGGAGUGACGUCAUGACGUCACCUCAGGCCGCGCCGCCUCCAUUUUGGAAGGAAGAAGGAAGGCUUUGUGAGGAGAAGGAGGAGGAAAAUGAAGACCCUAUGAAGUCACCUUUGACAUAAGAAAAUAUCAGUAUAUAGUGGAUAUUUCGGUAUUUGUAAACCAAAGUGCAAUAAUAAAAGAAACCCUAUAGGAAGAAGAAAUCCUUUCUAGGUGCUGAUCUUGUGGAAGUCACUUUUGAUUGGAAAGAAAAAGGGAAGACUUAAGCGUCCAUAUUGCAAUUAAUUAUAUACAUAACUCAACAUGCAGGAGAAACCCUAUGCAUGUCUUAUAUGUGGGCAGAGCUUCACUCAGAGUGGAAAUCUACGUUCACAUCAAAGGACUCACACUGGAGAGAAACCCUAUAAAUGCACGGAGUGUGGACAGAGCUUUGCUCAGAGUGCAAAUCUACGUUCGCAUCAAAGGACUCACACUGGGGAGAAACCCUAUAAAUGCACGGAGUGUGGACAGAGCUUUACUCAGAGUGGAAAUCUACAUUCACAUCAAAGGACUCAUACUGGAGAGAAACCCUUUAAAUGCGCGGAGUGUGGACAGAGCUUCACUCAUAGUUCAAGUCUACGUUCACAUGAAAGGAUUCACACUGGGGAAAAGCCCUUCAAAUGCUUGGAGUGUGGACAGAGUUUUGCUCGGAGUGUAAAUCUACGUUCACAUCAAAGGACUCACACUGGGGAGAAGCCCUAUAAAUGCCUGGAGUGUGGACAAAGCUUCACUGAGAGUGCAACUCUACAUAGACAUCAAAGGAUUCACACUGGGGAGAAACCUUAUAAAUGCUUGGAGUGUGGAAUGAGCUUCACUCGUAGUUCAAGUCUACGUUCACAUCAAAGGACUCAUACUGGGGAAAAACCCUAUACAUGCCUGGAGUGUGGACAGAACUUCACUGAGAGUGGAGAUCUACGUUCACAUCAAAGGACUCACACUGGGGAGAAACCCUAUAAAUGCCUGGAGUGUGGACAGAGCUUCGUUCGGAGUGUACAUCUACAUUCACAUCAAAGGACUCACACUGGUGAGAAACCGUAUACAUGUCUGGAGUGUGGACAAAGCUUCACUGAGAGUGCAAAUCUACGUUCACAUCAAAGGAUUCACACUGGGGAGAAGCCCUAUAAAUGCCUGGAGUGUGGAAUGAGCUUCGCUCUUAGUUCAGGUCUGCGUUCACAUCAAAGGACUCACACUGGGGAGAAACCCUAUACAUGCUUGGAGUGUGGGAAGAGCUUUACUCGGAUGGGAUAUCUGCGUUCACAUCAAAGGGCUCACACUGGGGAGAAACCCCAUACAUGCCUGGAGUGUGGACAGAGCUUUAGUCAGAAUGGAAGUCUACGUAGACAUCAAAGGAUUCACACUGGGGAGAAACCCUAUAAAUGCCUGGAGUGUGGACAGAGCUUCAUUCGAAGUGUACAUCUACAUUCACAUCAAAGGACUCAUACUGGGGAGAAACCCUAUACAUGCCUGCAGUGUGGACAGAGUUUCACUGAGAGUGGAAGUCUACAUAUACAUCAAAGGACUCACACUGGGGAGAAACCCUAUACAUGCCUGGAGUGUGGACAGAGCUUUACUCAAAGUGGAAGUCUUCAUAGACAUCAAAGUACUCAUAUUGGGGAGAAACCAUUGGAACUUUGAAACUACUUUUUACAUGACAACAAUAGGGAAAUAUGUUAAGUGUAAGAUUCACAAAUUAGAAUAGUGGUACCAAAGACAGAAAUGUGCUUACAUGGGGUUGUCUAAAUGGAUUACAAUAAUAAGGUAUAAAAACCAACAGAUAGAGAGUAUAAGGUUUGUAGGAUUAGACCCUUGUUUGUUUGUUAGUUUGUGUGUAUGUGUGUCUUAUGUAUGUGUGAUUUGUUGGUGUGUUUGCUUCUAAUGUAGUUUUGUACUUUGUUGUAGUAGCUAGUUACUUACUUAGGCGAUCCCUCGUUGGACGAGUAGGAUAGUCUUCCAGGAUCAGUAUUUUUGUGGAUCCGUAGGUGACUGUGGAGCCCUAUUCUUGACCUGCAUCUUCUCCCGCAGUGAGAGCAUUGGUUUCCAGGUGGAAGGCAGCCUCGGUCAGGGUCGGCUUGAUGCGCCUUCCUCCUGGCACGUUUCUCUCUUUCACCCUCCAUUCGUGCCUCUUCCAAUUCUGCAGCACUGCUGGUCACAGCUGACCUCCAGCUGGAGCACUCAAGGGCCAGGGCUUCCCAGUUCUCAGUGUCUAUGCCAGAGUUCUUAAGGUUGGCUUUGAGCCCAUCUUUAAAUCUCUUUUCCUGCCCACCAACAUUCCGUUUUCCGUUCUUGAGUUCGGAAUAGAGCAGCUGCUUUGGGAGACGGUGGUCGGGCAUCCGGACAACAUGGCCAGUCCAGCGUAGUUUAUGGCGGAGGACCAUCGCUUCAAUGCUGGUGGUCUUUGCUUCUUCCAGCAUGCUGACGUUUGUUCAUUUGUCUUCCCAAGAGAUUUGCAGGAUUUUCCAGAGGCAGUGCUGAUGGAAUCGUUCCAGGAGUUGCGUGUGACGUCUGUAGACAGUCCACGUCUCGCAGGCAUAGAGCAGGGUUGGGAGGACAAUAGCUUUAUAAACAAGCACCUUGGUAUCCCUAUGGAUGUCCCAGUUCUCAAACACUCUCUGCUUAAUUCGGAAAAAUGCUGCACUCGCAGAGCUCAGGCGGUGUUGUAUUUCAGUGUCAAUGUUGACUUUGGUGGAGAGGUGGCUGCCAAGGUAGCGGAAAUAGUCAACAUUUUCUAAUGUUACACCAUUUAGCUGUAUCUCUGGCAUUGGAGAGGGGUUGGCUGGUGACUGCUGCAACAGCACUUUGGUUUUCUCGAUGUUCAAUGACAGGCCGAGCUUCUCGUAUGCUUCUGCGAAGGUGUUUAUAGAGUGGCUUGUAGAUCUUCUUCUGAAUGCGCACAGACGACAUUGUCAUCAGCAUACUGGAGUUCUAUAACAGAUGUUGUAACCUUGGUAGCUAGUUAGAGGUAUACUUGUAGCAUUAUGCAUGAUAAAAUUUUCUCCGUUUUGUGAUAUUUUUGCUUUGUACUUUUAAAAAAAUAGAAAUAGUUUCUGAAAAGGUGGCAAAUUUACAAAGGUUAAAAUGAUGAGACAGGAGUGGCUGAUAGACCUAAUUUUAGACCAAUAUGGGGUUUUAUUGCCUAGUUCAUUUUGUUGCAUAGCUCUGGUGUUGAUUGUUAUCUUUCGAUGAUGAUUAUUAUUCUUUUGUUUAGUGCAACAUAUAUACACUGUUUUAAUCAUCAUCUGUUGCUUUUCAUCAACUUAUCUUUUAGUUCAAGUAAAUCUUCAAUUCACCCUC